GUCGGUAAGGUAGUCUGACUUGGGCCACGAAAAUCUAUAAAGUGUUUAGUCUAUUCUUAUAUCUCGUAGGUGGUAAAAUUCAAUAGAUAAUUACGUUCACAACAAAAAAAUUUAACCAAAUAGAUUUUAUACCACUAACUGUAUUUUAUUUAUGUUCAUUACACGAAAAUGUCACGCAACGAUUAUGCAGAGAAAAGUAUUACAGAUAAAUUAAAAAAUAGAUAAAAAUAAUAUGGACGAUGUUUUAUGUAUAUGCUAACAAAUGUAUACCAUUUCUUAUCAAUAUUUUUGCGAUAAUUUAAAAUUAUCGAAACUAAUAUUGAUGACAAGUGCAUUUGAUAAUUCAUUCCCGUAACAAGAGUGGCGUGAAUGAUGCGAUCUUGACACAACCGGAAUUGUUUAUUUUGUAACGAAUUUUGAUCACAUAGAUAUGCAAAAUCAAUAAAAAUGUCUUUAGAUCAAACUGUUUGUGAAGAUUUAAAAGCAUUUGAAAGACGACUUACCGAAGUGAUUUCAAGUUUACAACCGGCUACUUUGCGGUGGAGAAUACUUCUGGGUUUUAUUUCUGUCUGUACUGCUGUUGGUGCGUGGCAUUGGUUGACAGAUCCUAAUACAUCUGCUGUAUCAUUUACUCAAAGUCUGUGUAAUCAUCCGUUCUUUGCAAUUGCCAGUGUUAUUUUAGUGAUAUUAUUUAUGAUGGGAGUUCACAGACGCGUAAUAGCACCAAGUAUUAUAACUCAAAGAGCUAGAAGCGUUCUUGGUGAUUUUAAUAUGAGUUGUGAUGAUACAGGAAAACUAAUUCUCAAACCAACAAGACCACCACAUCCACACGAAACUUAAAGAAGAAUGUAUAAAAUUUAGUUAAUUCCUAAAGUGUUCAUUUAUUCCUAAAUUACUAUGCAGGGUGCCCACGAAGAAUGUAUAUACGAAGCAAUUUUGAUACUGAUGUAGUACUAAAAAAUAUUUAAUUUUAACAACUGAAUUUCAACAACAAUAAGAUGUAAUUGAAGAUUAUUACAUGCUUAAAGUUAUACAUUUCUUAUAUAUUUACUUCACUCUUUAAAAUUAAGUGAUGUGUAAACAUCUACCAAAUAAUAUAAUAAUCAUUUAUAAAACAAUGUCAAUAAUUAGGAUCAUUAUAGAAAAUUUUGAAGCAAUAGUAAUGCAAUAGCUAUUCAUUGUAUAUUACAUUGUAUGUAUAUGCAGUAAUAUUAUGAUAUCCUAAAUUGUAUAAUUUCUAGUUGCGAGUGUGUUUUGCGAACAUUAUUUAUUGUAUAUAUUGUAAUACAAAAACCUACAAGUGUAUGCAUAGCAUAUUGGGACAAAUAAUAGUUAACCUCCAAUUAAAUAAAUGUACAAUAUAACUCCUGCCAGAGGUACUUGCCAAGAGUUAACACAAAUCAAAAUUUUUGUAAGAUAUUAUCAUUCGAUUAUUUUAAGUUACAUAUAUAAAAAUGUAUUAUAAAUGUAAUAUUACUAAAAUGUCUUAAUGAUACCAAUAUUGCACCCCUAUAAACGAUAAUUGUAUGAAUUAAAUAAGUGUACAGGGAAUUAUUUCAAAUAAAUAAC